CGUGGCUGAUCCCUUGCGUGCUCCAGGGAAGAAACCAGCAGGAAACCGCGGGCUUUCUCAGCCACCCCAGUUCCAAAGCAGAUCCCAGAUCCUGGUGCUCAAAGGAGCCGAGCUUAGCAGGGUUCUCUCGGAGGGAGCAAGAGGUGCCAAAGGCAUUCUCCGCUUGGAACACAGGAGCUCCUGCAAGGAGCCUGUUGGACAGCGAGGGAGGGUGGGUACGUUGAGCAGCUCAGUACAGACGCUUUUUUUUUUCCUUUUUCUUUUUUUAUCAAAGAAGACUCUCCGGGCUCUGCUCCACAGCUGCCUCGUCCAGUGCCCCAGGCCUUAUCACCAGCACUCUGUGAGCUUUCUGGGUGAAAACUUUUGAUUUCUUUCACGGGAUACACAAAGAAAUCUUGGGCCAGAACUGCAGGUGCCAGCCUGAGCUGUCAGGACAGGAGUCCCCAGGGCAAAAGAACUGAAGCUCUUGGAAAAGGAAGAGACACUGGUAGGACCCAUCGGGUCAGCUGGAGUUCUGGGCGCCCAUGCUUCUGUCAUGGCUCACAGGAUUUGGGGCUGGACUGCUCUCCCUCCACUUCGUGCAGAAACUUCUGUUCCCGUACUUCUGGGAUGAUUUGUGGUUCUUGCUGAAGUUGGUGCGCUAUGGAAUUCAGAUGGAGAUAUACAAACUGAGGGGUGAGCUGGUCACGGUGCUGGAUAAGUUCCUGAGCCAUGCCAGGAGGCAGCCAAAGAAAGCCUUCAUCAUCUAUGAGGGGGAUGUGUACACCUAUGAGGAUGUGGACAAGAGGAGCAACAGAGUAGCCCACGCCCUCCUGAACCACUCCGACCUGAAAAGGGGGGACGUUGUAGCUUUGUUGAUGAGUAACGAGCCCGACUUCGUUCAUGUGUGGUUUGGCCUGGCUAAGCUGGGCUGCGUGGUGGCCUUCCUCAACUCCAACCUUCGCUUCGAGUCCCUCCUACAUUGCAUCCGUACCAGUGAACCCAAAGCCAUGGUGGUGGGCGAAGAUUUGCUUGGAAGCCUAGAAGAAAUCCUUCCCAGCCUCCCGAAACAUAUCAGGGUUUGGGGAAUGAAGGAUUCUGUCCCAGAAGGUAUAGUUUCACUCAAAGAAAAGCUGAGCCUUGCCUCUGAUGAGCCAGUACCACCAAGCCAUCAUGUCACCUCAAGCCUUAAGUCUACUUGCCUCUACAUUUUUACCUCUGGAACAACAGGUCUACCCAAAGCAGCUGUGAUUAGCCAGUUCCAAGUGUUGAAGGGAUCUUUUGGGCUAUGGGCGUUUGGCUGCACAGCUGAUGACAUUGUUUAUAUAACCCUCCCUCUGUACCAUAGCUCAGGGGCUCUCCUCGGAAUUGGUGGAUGUGUUGAGUUGGGUGCCACGUGUGUGCUAAAGAAGAAAUUCUCCGCAAGCCAGUUUUGGAAUGAUUGCAGGAAGUACAACGUGACUGUGUUUCAGUACAUCGGGGAGCUUUGCCGUUAUCUGUGUAAACAACCUCAGAGAGAAGGGGAAAAGGACCAUCGGGUGCGUUUGGCAGUUGGAAACGGUAUGAGUAGUGAUGUGUGGAGACAAUUUUUAGACAGAUUUGGAAACAUUAAGAUGUGUGAAUUUUACGGAGCUACCGAAGGAAACAUAUGUUUCAUGAACCACACUGGGAAGAUUGGAUCUGUCGGGAGAGUGAACUUCUUCUACAAUCUUCUUUUCUCCUUUGAGUUGAUAAAGUAUGACUUUCAGAAGGAUGAACCAUUGAGGAACGAACAAGGCUGGUGCUACUGUGUGAGAAAAGGAGAACCUGGUCUCCUUGUUUCCCGUGUGAACAAGAAGAAUCCUUUCUUUGGCUAUACUGGCUCAUACAAGCAAACGAAAAGCAAGUUGCUUUUUGAUGUUUUUAAGAAGGGGGAUGUUUACUUCAACACAGGAGACCUAAUGUUCCAAGAUCAUGAGAACUUCCUUUAUUUUUGGGACCGUAUCGGAGACACUUUCAGGUGGAAAGGAGAAAAUGUCGCAACCACAGAGGUGGCCAAUGUGCUUGGAAGGUUGGACUUUAUACAGGAAGCAAACGUGUACGGCGUGCCCGUGCCAGGUUAUGAAGGAAAAGCUGGAAUGACUUCCAUUAUUCUAAAACCAAACAAGUCUUUAGACUUAGAAAAACUGUAUGACCAAGUGGUGACAUCACUACCAGCUUAUGCCUGCCCACGGUUUCUAAGAAUUCAGGACAAAAUGGAGACAACAGGGACAUUCAAGCUAAAGAAGUUGCAGCUGGUGGAAGAAGGAUUUAAUCCGCUGAAGAUUGCUGACCCACUUUACUUUAUGGAUAACUUGAAGAAAUCUUAUGUUCCAUUGACCCAAGAGAUUUAUAAUCAGGUAAUGUUAGAGGAGCUUAAGCUUUAAGACUGUAUUUAUGGGACUUCGAUGGCCUCCUGGGAAAGGUGAAGGAAGAUUUAUGAGCUUCUUUGCAGACAGUCAGGAAGGAGUUCCUAUCAUAAAUCAAUCAUACAUUGGAAAAAAAUUGUACAUGAAGAAUGCAUUUUGUAUACCCAAGCUUUCAAAGCCCACACUUCUCAGCGCAGUGAGCUAUAAAGUAGGGGCUGUUUACCUUAUGGUCUUGAGGCUGACUUGAGGAUGCUGCUCACUGCCCAGAAUCACCAGAAAGAAGCAUACUUCAUCGCAUGAGCCCAGAAGUAGGCUACAGUUCAAAGAACAGUGAUUUCUGAAUGCGUUUGGGAAGUAAAACCAAACAAGACAUAGUAUUACCACCUGACUCUGGGACCGUCAGAAAUGUGAUGAUUUAUGCUGAAGAGGAGAUGGGGAAGCAGUGUUCAGCAGAUCCUGCAUUUCCUUCACAAGCAGAAGUUCUUUGCGUUGAAUAUGGCUUAAAUUUGCUUCGAUUGAUGUAAACUUUAGCUGAUUUUUUUGUUAUUAAUUUUAAGAUUCAGUAAGUAGAUAAACACUUGCCUUAAUAUUGGAGAUUUUAAAUAAUGCAUCAGUAGUUAACAGUUUGAUCAUUUAAGGUAUACUUUCUAUUAUGUAAAGAUUCUAGUUUUCAGUGAGUAGUAAAAUUUUUACUGAGUUUAUUUUUAUGUGAUUUAUCUUGUAACUCAAUAAAACCAUCUUUACUAAUAUGUGA